CACUGCCUGCAACGCUAGCUCGCCUUCGCAACGCGAAUCCGCUCAUUUCAAAUUUUCAAACUCCCGAGAGCGGUUGCGGCGGUGUCGAGACAGCGGCUCCUGAAUCCAUCCGAAUCCGAAAGCGAAUCGCAUCCAGCCAAGAUAUCCUAUCGUGCAGCUGAAACCCGAAACCCGAAUCCGAGUUCGAAACGAAACGAAUCGCAGUGGUGGUUUCUCUCUCGCUCUCUAGCUCUCCCUCUCUCUCGCGUGUGUGUAUGUGUGCGAGUGGCAGGAAAAGUGCGAAGCCGAAAUCUUUUUAGCUGAAAGAAAGCGCAACUUCAAUUAGCGAAAAGCAAGAGUAGCUAACAAAAAGAAAAGCGGAUCGAAAAGUAAAGAAAAACAAAAAAAAAAAACAAAAGCAACAAAUCGAAAUGGCAAGCGAAGUGGCCCAAAUACCCGCCGAGGAAACGCCCGCAGUGGCGGCGGCGGAAAAAUCAGAGGAGCCGGAAAAGUCAGCGGCCCCGCCAGCGGACUCAGCGGCCGCUCCAGCUGCCGCCCCCGCAGUGGAGAAGGCUGAGGAUGCCGAUGGCGAGAAGAAGGACGGCGAGGCCGGAAAGCAGGACAAGCAGCAGGAUGGCGAGGAGCCCAAAAAGGACGAGGCGGUGGCAGCACCCGUGGCGACCAAAUCGGAAGCCCCGCCCGCCCAGAAAUUCAAUGUGCACAAGACCAACUUCGAGAAGGACAUCAUCUAUCUGUACCAGUUCUCGCGCACCCCACUGCUGCCCUCCCUGUCGCCCUACUGCCUGAAGGUGGAGACCUGGCUGCGUCUUGUGGGCCUGAAAUACGAGAAUGUCGAUCAUAAGAUGCGUUUCCGCUCCAAGAAGGGUCAGCUGCCGUUCAUCGAGCUGAAUGGGGAGGAAAUCGCCGAUUCGGCCAUCAUCAUCAAGGAACUGUCGUCCAAAUACGAGAAGUACCUGGACUCGGGACUCACCGCCGAGCAAAGGAAUGUCUCGUACGCCACGAUUGCCAUGCUGGAGAACCAUCUCAUCUGGAUCAUCUUCUACUGGCGCGCCAAGUAUCCGGACAAUGUGCUCAAGGGCUACAAGGUCAACUUGCAGCACGCCCUCGGCCUGCGGCUGCCCAACUCGAUUCUGAACUUCUUCUUUAAGAUCACCUUUGGUCGCAAGUGGUUCCAGGGCACGAAGAAGCUGAAGGCGCACGGCAUCGGUGUCCACAGCGCCGAGGAGAUCGAGGAGUUCGGCAAGGACGACCUGAAGGUGCUCAGCGAGAUGCUCGACUGCAAGCCUUUCUUCUUCGGCGACGAGCCCACCACCCUGGAUGUGGUGGCCUUCGCUGUCCUCUCGCAGCUCCACUAUCUGUCCAAGGACAUUGCGUAUCCGCUGCGCGACUACAUGACCGAGAAGUGCCCCAACUUGAUUGGCCACGUAUCUCGCAUGAAGGACAAGUGCUUCCCCGACUGGGACGAGAUCUGCACGAAGCUGGACCUCAAUGCGCACAUUCCCAAGCCAGAGCCCGAGACCAAGGAGGGCAAGGAGGGUGGCGAGCAGGAGAAAUCAAACGAACAGGAGGGCACUGAGGGCGACAAGAUCGAGAAGGAGUUGGAGAAGGACAAGUCAAACGAGAAGGAGUCGACCGAGGAGAACAAAGAGAAGGAGGAAACAAAGUAAAUUCGCCGUUAGUUAUAUGCGUACAUAUAUCUAGUAUAUGUGUAUGAUCGAAGGAAACAGAAACACCCACAUACACACACAUUAUAUAUAUAUACAUAUGUAGUACGAUACUAUAUAGUAAGGCCCUAUAUAGCUAGGCGCUACGCUCUCAUAUAUAAGCAUUCAGACAUCAGAAAACCACUCGAAAAACAAAAACGAAAAAAAACAUCAAGAACACCCAUUUACAAACCUAGGACAACUGUAAAGCAAAAGCAGGCAAAAACCAUCAGCAAGAGAACGAUCCACUAAGUAAUGAGAAAAAAACAAAAAGCAUAUACAAUAACGUAACGUAAAACUUUGGACAUCUUUUUUUAUAUAUUUACAUGACGACGUUUGUAUUACAAGAACAAGAAACAAAAAGCAAAAAAAGUGAAGAAAACGUAAAAAAAAAACCGUAAAAACCAUUUAGUAUAAAAUUAUAAAAGUUUAUACGUAUAAAUAUUAAGACGAUGAAUGAAAGCGAUGAGAGCGGGGGGAGAAAUUAUAAAAAAUUAGUUAAAGAACGCGAAUAAAACAAAGAACAAGUGAGCAAAACGUGAGUAAAAAGAGUGAAGCCAGAUAGGACGAAAAGUUAGCGAGGUGUAGAACAGCAUUCAAUACGCAUUAAUCAUUAGUUUUCAUUCAAAAGCGAUCUAUAUAAUACACUCAUCGACACUCACACUCACUCUCACACACACUCAACAAAAAACACAACACAAAACAACACACUCUACACACAUAUAGCAUAUGCAGCAACAAUUGCAACUCGAUGGUAUUGUUUACUCUUCCAAAAUUGAUUAAGCUUAAAGUAACGAAAGUAACGAAAGGAACCGCUACCAGUACGAUAGGAAGAUACGAUAGUGAUGGUUAGUAGGGAUGGCAUGCAAUGGGGAUGAGAAUGCAAAUGCAAAUGCGAAUGCGAAUGGUAUAGGAAUGAUAUAACGGAAUGACGGCAAUUAAGUUUAUUUUUUAUAUAUAUAUGAUUGCAAAUAGUAAUUUUGAUUCUCGUGUGCAAAUAAUUAAACAAAAUGGAUAAAAUUUAUUACUUAUAAUUAUAUACAUAAACAUUAUAUACGCCCAUUAUGCAUAAAGAUGUGUAUAAAAAAAAACAAAGCAAAACAAAACAAAACAAAAACGACAAAGCAUAAAAACUGUAUGUUGGUUCUUUUAUUAUAUUAUACUUUAUUUCUAUAAAUAUUAUUGUAAUUGUACUGUGUAUUAUGAUUUUGCUAACCAAAAUCCCUUAGUAUGAGAUGCUCAUCGAUAUUUCACCCCCAUACACAAAAUCAAAUCAAUUCGAACCAAAAAGAAUACUCGGCCAUCCAAACGAACAAAAUUUACCAUUUAUUUUGUACGCAAUUGUAACUACUUUUAUAUGUAUGUACAUAUGUAUGUACAUUCUCUAUUUUGGUACGUCCACUGAAACAAAAUUAUAGUACGCCUCAUUUGAUUUUUCAACUGUCUUGUGUUUCAUACGAUUUAAUUUAAUGAUAUUGAUUAUGCAAAUAUAUAUAUAAAUAUAAACAUCAUUUCUAUUGUAAUUAAAAUGCUGCAGACAACAAAGACGAACGACAAAAACUCAUAGAAAACACAAAAAAAACAUCUGAGGAGAAGCCGGAGCGGAAGAACUGGAAGAAUUCUCCGCGGGGAGGUCACUACCCCCCUCGCGUUCUCCUACUCCAACACUUUCUCCCUUUACAUCCAGUUGGCCUUCCGUUUAUUCACGGAUUCCUCGGUGUUUAUUGUUUUCCUUUUUUUCUCGCCAACUUCUCAUAAAAUCAAAGAAUCAUCAUCAGCCGCAGAUGGAGAAUGGAAUGAAUGAAAUCUUUAAGUAAAUAGGGUAAAACUCACGCAACUAAGAAAUGAAGAAAAGCGAAAACAAAAACAUAUACAGAACCCAUUGAGGCGCGACAGAAGCAGUGAAAACAAUUUGGGGGAAGGUCAAAAACAAGAUAUGAAGCAGGAGAAGACGAGCGGGCGAUCGAUCGAUCCACGAAGAAAUCUCUAUAACGAUACGAUUUGUAGACUACGCAAGUAUUUUUAUGUAUUAAAGGUUAUGUUGUAAGUUUUUAUCACAAUAUUUGUAUUGUAGCUCAGUGUUUUAUAUGAUUAUAUAAAAUGGAUAAAGAAAAUGAAACAAAAAUGAAAUGAAAAUGAAAAUGAUAACGAUAAACCGAGAUGAAACCGAAAACCAUAAAAGCGUAAAAACCCGAAGAGCAAACCCGGACAGAAAGAAAAAUUAUUGUAUUACAUACAUCUUAUAUAUAAUAAAUAUGCUUCUUAAUAAAAAAACAAAACAAAAC